AAGCGCUGUUCGCCAUGGAUGGUGAUCCCAGGAAAUCUUCGGUAUCGCUCGAGCCGGCAGAGUCGAGGACGGGGAACAGAGAUCCAAACCACGAAACCAGUUUCAGGCAACCUAAUUACGAGUUCUGGGGAGAUAGGGAUGAGAGGAUGGAGGGUGGUAAUUAUGGCUUCGAUUACAAGCAACGAUGGCCGGCGGGCGAACAAUCGUGGAAGAUGAUGAAUGAUCAUCUCAUGAACAAAAGCACCAACAGCAACGAGAUUGCAUUAGAGAUGGGUGCAGACAUAGAUGAUCUUAGACACGAUCCGUCCGCUAUAUCUCGAGACUCUAGAAGAGUUUCUUUCGAAACAGGCGUCGCAAGUUUCCAAAACCAAUCGCAGGGACACGAUGGAAACGGAAUAAUCAAUCGGAACGAGGAUGCGUCGAGACGUGUAUCGAACGUGUCUGCUCCUUACGGAAAGUCGGGUUUGCUAUCGAGGCUGAGGAGUACCAAGUCAAGGCUUAUAGACAGGUCACCGGAAGAGGUACAAUUGAUGUCUGGUUUGUUAGGAGGUUCGGGUCAGAUGAAGUCCGGAAUGUUAGGGAAAGCUUCGGAAAAUGAAGAAGACGAUGACCCUUUUGCAGAUGAAGAUUUGCCCGAUGAGUACAAGAAAACUACUCUUAAUGCAUUCACUUGGCUUCAAUAUUUGAGUCUUGUUGUUAUUAUCGGUGCACUGCUUUGCAGCUUAGUCAUCCCUUCAUUGAAAGAUCUGGAUGUAUGGCAGCUUAAGCUAUGGAAAUGGCUAGUGUUCUUGCUUGUUUUGAUAUGCGGCCGAUUGGUUUCGGGUUGGGGAAUCCGAAUAAUCGUCUUCUUCAUCGAGAUGAACUUCUUUUUAAGGAAAAGGAUGUUGUAUUUCGUUUAUGGUGUAAAGAGACCGGUGCAGAAUUGCUUAUGGUUAGCCCUGGUGCUUUUGGCUUGGCAUUUCUUGUUUGACAAGAAAGUUGAGAAGCAAAGCUUAUUUCUUCAAUACGUUACCAAAAUCCUCAUAUGUUUCCUGGUGAGCACGUUCUUAUGGUUACUCAAGACACUGCUAGUAAAAGUACUGGCCUCAUCUUUUCAUGUUAGUACUUAUUUCGAUAGGAUUCAAGAAACGUUGUUUACCCAAUACGUGAUCGUGACACUCUCCGGUUCUCCGAUAAUCGAAGGCCAAAGGAUGGAAGAAGAAGAUGAGAGAACCGCAGCAGAGAUCAGAAGGUUGCAGACUGCCGGUGCAACCGUGCCGUCGGAUCUUCGUGAGGAUGCCUUUCUACAACAACAAAGUAGUGGGAUGUUGAAAAAAACAUUCACCAGGCUAAAAACACUUCCUAAAUCGGGUUCCACAAAGAAAGCGGAUAGCGGGAUCGCAUUAGAACACGUCCAUAAACUCAAUCAAGAGAACAUUUCGGCUUGGAACAUGAAGAGGUUGAUGAAGAUGGUCCGACACGGGACGUUGAUGACAUUGGAUGAGCAGAUAAUGGAGGAUGACUCGAUGAGGCAGAUCAGAAGUGAACAAGAAGCAACAGCGGCUGCCAAGAAGAUUUUCCAUAAUGUGGCCUGCCGUGGCUCAAAAUUUAUCUACUUGGAGGAUUUGAUGCGGUUCAUGCGAGAAGACGAAGCUUUGAGAACAAUGGCUACCUUUGAAGGUGCUUAUGAGCAGAGUAGAAUCAGCAAAAAAUCCUUGAAGAAUUGGGUGUUGAAUGCCUACAGAGAGCGAAAAGCUCUUGCCUUGACCCUAAACGACACAAAGACCGCAGUGAACAAGCUUCACAAUAUCAUAAACGUCGUCGCCGGAACCAUCAUCAUCGUAAUCUGGCUCAUCAUCCUCGAAAUCGCUUCGUCACGGAUAAUCACACUCUUCAGCUCCCAGCUGGUCCUAGCGGCCUUCAUCUUCGGGAACACCUGCAAAACCAUCUUCGAAUCCAUAAUUUUCUUGUUCAUCAUUCACCCUUUCGACGUCGGUGAUCGGUGCGAGAUCAAUGGAGUGCAGGUUGUGGUGGAGGAGAUGAACAUUUUGACCACCGUCUUCUUGAGAUACGACAACAUGAAGAUGGUUUUUCCCAACAGUGUUCUCUCAACGACGCCGAUUGGCAACUUUUAUCGCAGUCCGGAUAUGCUUGAUUUAAUCGACUUCACCAUCCAUAUUGUCACACCAGUCGAAAAGAUUGCCAUCGUGAAGCAAAGAAUAACAAAUUAUGUCAUAAACAGAAAGGACCACUGGUGUUCUGAUCCCAUGAUUGUGGUUAAAGAUCUCGACGAGUUGAACAGGAUGAAGUUUUCGCUUUGGGUAACUCACAAAAUGAACUACCAGGACAUCGGAGAGAGGCUGGAAAGGAGGUCUCGACUGGCUGAGGAAAUAGCCUGCAUUUUCAGAGAACAUGACAUUCAGUACCGGUUGUUCCCCAUCGACAUCAAUUAUGAUGAUGGGGAAAAUGAGUAUGAUGAUGAAUAUCUUGAUGUUUCUCAUGAUGACAUUGAUGAUGGUGAUGGUGACAAUGGUGAAGACAUUAGUAAAACCUGA